AUGGCAACCGCACAAUCUUCUCCUACUUCUUUUCUUUCUUCAUUUUCUUCCUCUUCUUCUUCCCAGUCAUUUUCUUUACAGCCUCAUUCUGUUUUCAACAUUAGCAAUAUUAAAAAUCAUGUUUCUAUUGUUCUCGAUUUCACCAAUUUCUUAUUGUGGCAGACCUUAUUCACCAAUAUUCUUCAUUGUUAUCAGAUCUAUGAUCAUAUUGACGAAACUUCUCAAUGCCCUUCUCCAACUAUCUCCAUUGAUAACGAUGAUUCCUCCUCUACUCAAAUAAAUCCUGCUUAUACUUUAUGGGUUCAGAUUGGUCAUCUUAUUGUCUCUUGGCUUCAUGCUACUAUUUCUCCAGAGAUCUUGAAACAUGUUAUUCAGCCUAGCAAACAAUUUUCUGCUCGUCAGACUUGGCUUGAAAUUCAGAAAUUAUUCCAGGAUCAUGUUAAUGCCAAGCCAGUUGAUGAUGAUGAUGUGAUAUUGCAAAUUUUAUCAGAAUUGCCACUCGAAUAUUCCGAUGUUGUGACUGUAAUGACAGCGAGGAAACCAUUGCCCAUCUUUCUUGAGUUAGGGUCGUUCCUUCUUGCCCAUGAAUCUCGCCUUCAACAAGGCACUGCUGUCCACUCCACUAAUGCUCAGGCUAUGUUGGCAACUAGACGACGUGGUAGUUAUCAACCUCGAUCAUAUCGGGGAAACUAUCAGAGAGGAGGACGCCAGUCUUAUUCUCGGGGGUAUACUUCGAACCAUCAACAACCACGAUCCUUUGGCUAUAAUCAAUGUGGUUCUUAUUAUGGGAAUUAUCAAUCUCGUCCUCAAGGUGGUCCUAGGCCAUGGUCAUCUUCUGUUUUAGGCGCUCCUCCUCCUGCCACAAGAUGCCAAAUAUGUGAUGAUUUUUUUUCAUUCUGCCAAGUUUUGUCUACAACGGAAUUUUCCAUCUUCGGAUGUUUCACAGGCCUUCGCGGGUUUGCAUCUUUCUAA